GAGCUCUCAGUCACCGGAAAUUCUUGUUCACACACCAAGCAGAGGGCAUCUUGGGGGCCGGAAGGAAGCGGGAACUCCUGAAGCCUACCUGGUGUCUGCAAGCUCGCGUGGCGGGGAGCCGAGUGCUGUUUUAAGCGGCUCGUUGCUGGUGCGUGUAGUUCGUACCCCGAGGUGAGAGGUAGCGGAAAUCCCGGGGUUGCUGGAGAACCGGAGACAGCGUAUGAGUCAUGGUGAAAAGAUCCCGGCGACGUGGAGCGGCCCAAUGGGCAGCUAUGCAAGCCAAGGCAGGACGCACGGCCGCAGACGAAAAUGAAGAUUUAGGGUCGCCACCACCAGGGAAUUCCAGCUACUACCAAGAUCAGGUAGAUGAUUUCCAUGAGGCACGAUCCCGGGCAGCCUUGGCUAAGGGCUGGAGCGAAGUAGAAAGUGGCGAUGAGGAUGGCGAUGAGGAGGAGGAGGUGCUAGCUCUAGAUACUGACGUUGAAAACGACCAAGAUGGAGAGAGUGCGGGGGAUGAGGAGGAUAGCGAUGAAGAUGGUGGGAGCUCGAUGCAGAGUGAGACUGAGGCCCCUACGGAUCCCAGUUUGUCGUGGGGUCAGAGGAAAAAACUUUACUAUGACACAGACUAUGGUUCCAAAUCCCGCGGGCGGCAGAGUCAACAAGAAGUAGAGGAGGAGGAAAGAGAGGAGGAGGAGGAGGCACAGGUGAUUCAACUACGCCUAGCUCAGUCCCUGCAAGAGGAUGAUUUUGGAGUUGCUUGGGUGGAGGCUUUUGCAAAACCGGUGUCUCGGGUAGAAGAGUCUGAGACACGGGUCGUGAAGGAUUUGGCUAAAGUUUCAGUGAAAGAGAAGCUGAAGAUGUUACGAAAGGAAUCACCAGAGCUCUUGGAGCUGAUAGAAGACCUGAAAGUCAAGUUGACAGAAGUGAAGGAUGAGCUUGAACCCUUGUUAGAGUUGGUGGAGCAAGGGAUCAUUCCAUCUGGAAAAGGAAGCCAAUACCUGAGGACCAAAUAUAACCUCUACUUGAACUAUUGCUCCAACAUCAGUUUUUAUUUGAUUCUAAAAUCCAGGAGAGUCCCUGCACAUGGACAUCCUGUUAUAGAAAGGCUUGUUACUUACCGAAAUCUGAUCAACAAGCUGUUGGUUGUGGACCAGAAGCUGUCCUCUGAAAUUCGUAAUCUACUCACACUUAAGGAUGAUGCUGUAAAGAAAGAACUGAAUCUAAAAGCAAAACUCACCAAAGCCAAGCCAAAGUCUGUUUCACAGACUUCUGCCACUUCUACUGUAGAUCUUGCUGGUGAUUCUGAUUUUGAUGAAGCUGCACUGAAAUACUAUAAAGAAAUAGAAGACAGGCAAAAGUUGAAGAGGAAGAAAGAAGAAAAUAGUGCUGAAGAGCAGGCUCUUGAAGAACAAAAUGCAAAGAGAGCCAUUACCUAUCAGAUUGCUAAAAAUAGGGGACUUACACCUAGGAGAAAGAAGAUUGAUCGAAAUCCCAGAGUAAAACAUAGGGAGAAAUUCAGAAGAGCCAAAAUUCGAAGAAGAGGACAGGUUCGUGAAGUUCGUAGAGAAGAACAACGUUAUAGUGGUGAAUUAUCUGGCAUUCGUGCAGGAGUUAAAAAGAGCAUCAAGCUUAAGUAAAGGUUUUGUUUAGCUUAAAAUUUGGCAAUAUAUCAAUAAAUUUUUAUUUUUAACUAAGGUGUAUUAAUAUAUAAUACAUAAUCAAGUUUAAAAUUCCUGUUAGCAGGGAAAUUUAUUUGGGUUAUUGCUCAAUUAUUUGCCCUGUAACUUACAUUAAAGUCAUUCUAAGAAUUGUGGGAACAGUGUGAGGUGCUUAGAGAAAGAGAUGGUGUUGAAAAAAAUGUUUUCCAGUAUUUUGUUAAGUAUUAGCAUAGGAAAAUUCCCCAACUAAUUGUGGAGUGUACUUGGAACUUACAACACUUACAUAGCAUUUCACACGAAGAAUAUGGUCCUUUAGCAAUUAUUUUAUCUGUAAAAUAGCCUAUAAAACUGUUCUGACAUAUUUCAUUUACCCAAUUGCAUUACUUGGACAGGAUACUUACCAACACAUAGGUUUAAUAUUAACAAGGAUUUUGUACGUUCUGUGGUAAAAAUAAAGAGGAACUUUAUAAUGGUACUUCAUGUGGUAAAUAAGGUAAUAUGUGGGUUUAAUGUUAACAUGAUCUCAUAUAUUCUGGGGUAAAAGCAUAGGAAUAAAGAGAAGUGUUGGUUUAAAAUGGAAAAAGGAAAAGAUAUGCUCCAAUUACACCAAUUGUAAAUAUUUUCUAAUGAUCUUUGACAUGGUAGAUAAACACUAAUCCUUACAGUAACUUUAUGAGGUGGUACUAUGCUCCAUACCACAUACGGAAG